CAAGCAGUUAAAUAUUUAUCUUGGAGGGCAGAUUUGGGUGUAGUCUUAACAUUGGCCGAGCUAAAGCAUUUAGCAAUUGUUCGUGGCUCCUGAAAUGUGCGUGAAUGAACGUUUGUACUAGAAAUACUUGAAAAACUAUUUUUUACCUAAGGGACAGGCUCCGGACUCGAGGACAGACUAAGGUGGAAAAUUAACCUGCACAAGGAGGACGAGGACACAUGCUAUAGAGCUACUAAGCCUGGACUUACUGUUAAAGGCUGAACCUGCGGAUGAAAGAGCUGGACUUCAACACAUGACAUGCAGUCUCAGCGGCACGUGGAGGUCCUGGACCACAUCGACGGAUCUCGGGUUGUCUUCUCGGGAGAUCCGGCUCUGCCCAGCCUGCAACAGCCCCCCGUGGACACCCCGGAUCUGACCCAGGAGGUGGUCAUCUCACCCGGGCUCCCCACUCCCCCUCUCAGCCCCUACCGCACCACCCGGCUGCCAUCUGGGGACUACAAGGUGUCAGAGUCCAAUGGGGGGGACCCCACUUCUCUCAGCUUUGGGUCUUAUUACGGACCCCCCCUGCCACAUGGGGGGGUGCCAAACGGCACGUCGUCCAGGGGCUUUGCCACCCUGCCACGCAGAGCUCCCACCAGGGAGGAGAGGCUCAUCAAGUUCUCUGGCAUCGGCCCCGUGGACGAGACGGGGAUGCCCAUCGCAUCCAGAUCGAGUGUGAACAAGCCCAGAGACUGGUACAGGAGCAUGUUCAGACAGAUCCACAAGAAGCCAGAAGACUUCGACCUGGACGACUCAGAGAGGGAGCCUGCUGACCGGAAGCAGAACCCUGCAGCAGAAGGAAAGGAGAGCGGCCCGGAUCCCUUCGCCCUCACCUCCUAUGGGGCCCUGCCUGACUGGAGUAAGCUGGCCGAUGGAGAAGGCCAGUUAGACCAGGGGAAGCAGCACUCUCAACCCAGGAGCAUCUAUGACUUUGAGCCCGGACAGAACACCGUCACUGUGACCCCCAACCAGGCUCCAGUACACAGAGAGCCUGAGAAACCCCGCUCCUCUUCUAUAGAGCUCCACUCGGAGCUGAGACGCUUCGAGGCCGAGCUGGACAUGGACAUCCAGGGGCUGGAGAAUAAGCUCUCCCAGAAGAGGCAGCGCAGAGGCCGGGGUGAGGCUGUCCCGCCCGCUGAUCCAGGAUCUGGCCCUGGGACGGGAGUAGCGCGCGACAACAGCUCUGUGCCUGCUGUCAGCCGGCCCCUCAAUCGCUCUGCUGUCCUCACGUCUGCUCCCAGGACAGCCUCCAGUCCCACACAUGUAGAGCGUCUGGCCCCUGCUUCAGACACCAUGGACUUUCCACCAAAGAGAGAAGAGAAAAAGAAGAAAGCAGCGAGAGCCAAGUUUCAUUUCCAGGCACAGUCACCCAAGGAGCUUCCUCUGCAGAAAGGAGACAUCGUUUACAUCCACAGGCAGGUCGACGCCAACUGGUUUGAAGGGGAGCACCAUGGGAGAGCUGGCAUUUUUCCCACCACCUAUGUGGAGAUUCUGGCCCCCACGGAGAAGCCCACCCCCAUCAAGUCCCCCUCCGUCCAGGUGGUGGAAUACGGGGAGGCCGUGGCCCUCUUCAACUUCAACGCCGACCUCCCUGUGGAGCUCCCCUUCCGCAAGGGCGAGGUGAUCUGCGUGACCCGGCGUGUGGACGACAGCUGGCUGGAGGGCAGGAUCUCCGGGACAAGCCGGAGCGGCAUCUUCCCCGCCUCCUACGUCCAGGUCAACAAGAUGCCCCGCACCAAGUCCAGCGACGACUACCCUGCCUGCCCCAUGUCACCCACCUCCCCGGAGCCUCCCAGCCCCGGACGACCCCUCCACUCCCCCUGCCCUCGCUCCCCCUUCACCCCUGCCUCCCUCAGCCCGGAGCCUGGAUACUCCCCCCUGAAGCCCUCCUCCCCCUCACCCACCCAGCCCUUCAUAGCCAAAGAAGCAACCAAUCACUGGCCUCACCCUGUCUCCAACCCCGCCUCCCCCACCCCACAGAACAGCCACUGGGGCGGGGCUUAUCCAGCGACCCAGAAUUCCAUAGGUAGAGCUGUUUCGCCGUCCAAUCACAUGGCUGCAUCCACCCACAGACCAGGAGUUGGUCCAGCUAGUAGCCCCAAAUACAACAACCUCCCUCAGGAUGGAAGCACCAAACAUCCCCCCGGAUCACAUCCACACGUCAACUCCAACACGCACGCCCGUUCUGGCGCCACGGUGGUGCCACGGCAACCAUACAAAGCUGUUUACAACUACAAGCCCCAGAACAGAGACGAGUUGGAACUGAAGGAGGGGGACAUCGUCCAGGUGAUGGAGAAAUGUGACGAUGGCUGGUUUGUAGGUACGUCAGAAAGGACCCACGCCUUUGGGACGUUCCCGGGGAACUAUGUGGCACCCGUCUAAGUGCACCCCCGCCCUGUUCCUCCACCUGCACCACUUGGACAUGAGAACCAUGACUGUUUUAGACCAGCUUGCUUCACCACAUCACUCCAACCCCAUGCGUCCCUCCACCCCUGUCCUAGUCCACCCGGGGAGCGGUCCAGCCUGCAUGUGCACCCCCAGUCAGGGAACCCCACCAGGCCUGUGCUGACCCCCCAGUCAGGGACCCCCACCACGGCUGUGCUGACCCGCCAGUCUGUGGCUGGAGGUUGAAACACUGUGUGGUUCUCUAUCUCACCUCCCAGCAUGUGUGUUCCACUGUUGACUAGACAUGGAGUGUUUUCACACGCGCACGUGUACCUGUGCACACUCAAUGUGCACACACACACUCACUCUCUCUCACACAAACACACACACACACACUCACAGUCAGCUUGAAUGGAUGAACAGAGUGCUGAGGAUGCUGUUUCCAUUGCAGUGGAAGACUUUUCUUUUGCCCCUCGACCACAAGUGUUUACUGUGGUGAAAGCUCACUCAUUCCUUCCACAGGUGAACUCCAGCAGAGCCUCGCUUAGCGGUGGAAUCACAUCCUCCAGACGGGUCUGUUGUCUCCGCAUGUCUGUGUGUUAUCGCUGUGUGCUCCGGCACUGUGACUAAGCAGAACAAGCUCAGCACUUUUCUCCACAACCGGGCCAUAACGGAACACACACGGGCACAGAGGGACGAAUGAUGCCAUGUGACCUCAGACGGUAUCAUGUCAUGACGAGAUGAAUGUGGUCUUUGAAAUGUCUUCCCCCCGCUUUGAUUUUCAGAUCUAUAAAAAAAUCCCGGAUGAGUCCAAGACUGCAGUAAAACGCUGUCAUGGCCGCCCAGUGUCACCAGUGGAUACCUGUUUUUUUUAAUUUAUUCACUAGCAAUAUAAAUGGUCUUUACUAAUCGGUGCUUGCCAAUAAGGAGGCUGUUUUAUACCGUACGUCUUAGAAUAAAUACCAAUAAUGCCUUCAAGAUAUAAAUGUACUAUACUGUAUGUUGUUAUCCUCAAUCAACUUAUUCAGUAAGCGGGUAGAGAAAACUGUCAGAGUUUAGGGUGACAGUGGAAGUUGAAUGUCAGGAGAAAAAAGAUAGACGGGUUUCCUCCGCAAACAGUUUCUUAAAGUUGUUAUUAUACUCUGAUCUUAUUUUGCUAACAUUUUUGCUUUGGAAUAAUAAACAGCUGUGUUGAUCAGUGUAAGCAAUGGCAACAGUAGACCCAAUGACCUUCUAAAACCAGCAUCAAAUUUCAAUAGUUUCUUAACUGUUCAUAAUUUUACUGUAAAAUAAUACAAUUAAAACAUGUUGUAGUCACAAACUAUGAUUGUGCAGAGUUUAACCAUGUAUGGAAUUAGAAAUAUAAUAUAUUUCCUCAUAAAACAUUGUAUCUCAAUACAUGGUACACACUUCUGAAUAACAACAAUAAACAAUCUUGUGAUUAUA